AAAGGAUUGUGUAGCUGAGUAAGGGCUUUCUGACAGGAAGGGCCUCUGGUUGUUUAGGCUUGACAUCAUAUAAAAGGACCUUGGUAUAACAGAUUGAAAGGCAGUUCACCAGUAACAGCAACAUGACCACCACUGACAGGAACAUGAUGGGCAAGAUCACCUUCUACGAGGAGAAGAACUUCCAGGGUCGCUCCUAUGAGUGCAUGAGCGACUGCUCCGACAUGUCCUCCCACAUGAGCAGGUGCCAGUCCUGCAGGGUGGAGAGCGGCUGCUUCAUGCUCUAUGAGAAGAACAACUACAUGGGCCAGCAGUUCUUCAUGAGGAGGGGAGAGUACAACGACAUGCACCGCAUGCAGAGCAUGGGAAUGAUGUUUGACAACAUCAGGUCCUGCAGAAUGAUCCCCUUUCACAGAGGCCAGUUCAGGAUGAAGAUCUACGAGAGGGAGAACUUCGGUGGUCAGUCUAAUGAGAUGAUGGACGACUGUGACAACAUCCAGGAUCGUUACCGCAUGUCUGACUGCCAGUCCUGCCACGUGAUGGACGGACACUGGCUGAUGUACGAGCAGCCCCAGUACAGAGGCAAGAUGAUGUACAUGAGGCCCGGAGAGUACAGGAGCUUCAGGGAUAUGGGCAUGAGCGGCCAGAGGUUCAUGAGCAUGAGGCGUAUCACUGACAUGUAUCUUCCACCUUUUCCUCAGCUCCUGAUAAAACAGAGACUCUGGAGAAAUCUAUACUUCCUGUCAAACGUCCUCAAAUAUGACCUUGAUGUCAGGCUGGGGCUAGCCAAGAAGAUACAGCAGCAACACCAGCACCACAGCUCAAGUAUGACCACCACCGGCAUGAACAUGGGCAAGAUCACCUUCUACGAGGAGAAGAACUUCCAGGGUCGCUCCUAUGAGUGCAUGAGCGACUGCUCCGACAUGUCCUCCUACAUGAGCAGGUGCCAGUCCUGCAGGGUGGAUAGCGGCUGCUUCAUGGUCUACGAGAAGAACAACUACAUGGGCCAGCAGUUCUUCAUGAGGAGGGGAGAGCACAACGACAUGCACCGCAUGCAGAGCAUGGGAAUGAUGUUUGACAACAUCAGGUCCUGCAGGAUGAUCCCCUUCCACAGAGGCCAGUUCAGGAUGAAGAUCUACGAGAGGGAGGACUUCGGUGGUCAGUCCAAUGAGAUGAUGGACGACUGUGACAACAUCCAGGAGCGUUACCGCAUGUCCGACUGCCAGUCCUGCAACGUGAUGGACGGACACUGGCUGAUGUACGAGCAGCCCCACUACAAGGGCAGGAUGAUGUACAUGAGGCCCGGAGAGUACAGGAGCUUCAGGGAUAUGGGCAUGAGCGGCCAGAGGUUCAUGAGCAUGAGGCGUAUCACUGACAUGUGUUAGAAAUGUAACAUCUGUAAUUAAAAUCUAAUUGAAUUCAAA